AACAGAGAGUUGUUAAACAACAACUGUUUUUUGUAUUGGGGUAGUAAAAAUGGCAGGCGAAAACCUCCAUGUUCUGUUCCUUCCGUUCUUGUCCGCUGGUCAUUUCAUCCCUUUAGUUAACGCGGCAAGGCUAUUCGCCUCCCGCGGCGUUAAAGCCACAAUCCUCACUACCCCUCAUAACGCCUUACUUUUCAGAUCUACUAUUGAAGACGAUGUUCGAAUUUCCGGAUUUCCCAUUUCUAUUGUAACUAUUAAAUUCCCCUCUGCUGAAGUUGGGUUGCCUGAAGGGAUUGAGAGCUUUAACUCUGCCACUUCACCUGAAAUGCCCCACAAAGUAUUUUAUGCUCUUUAUCUUCUCCAAAAGCCAAUGGAAGAUAAGAUUCGUGAACUCCAUCCUGAUUGCAUUUUUUCUGAUAUGUAUUACCCUUGGACGGUAGAUCUUGCUGAGGAACUUCACAUCCCUCGUAUUUUGUACAAUUUAUCUGCUUACAUGUGCUACAGCAUUAUGCACAAUCUUAAGCUUUGCAGACCUCACAAGCAGCCUAAUCUAGACGAAUCUCAAAGUUUCGUUGUUCCUGGUUUACCUGAUGAGAUUAAAUUCAAAUUAUCCCAAUUGACAGACGAUUUGAGAAAACCAGACGACCAAAAGAGUGUUUUUGAUGAAUUACUUGAAAAAGUUCAAGUUUCGGAGGAACGAAGCUAUGGCAUUGUUCAUGAUACAUUUUAUGAGCUAGAACCUGCAUACAUCAAUUAUUAUCAGAAAUUAAAGAAACCAAAAUGUUGGCAUUUUGGUCCGCUCUCUCAUUUUGCAUCAAAAAUCCGUAGUAAGGAGCUAAUUACUGAGCAUAACAACAAUGACAUCGUUGUAGACUGGUUGAAUGCGCAGAAACCUAAAUCGGUUCUGUAUGUAUCUUUUGGGAGCAUGGCUAGAUUUCCUGAGAAUCAGCUGAAUGAAAUAGCUCAAGCUCUACAUGCUUCAAAUGUUCCUUUUAUUUUUGUAUUGAGGCCUAAUGAAGAAACAGCGUCAUGGUUACCAGUUGGUAACUUCGAGGACAAGACUAAAAAGGGUUUGUUCAUCGUAGGAUGGGUCCCACAGCUGACGAUCAUGGAACAUCCAGCAACCGGCGGAUUCAUGACUCAUUGUGGUACUAAUUCGGUUCUUGAAGCAAUCACUUUUGGCGUACCAAUGAUAACAUGGCCACUUUAUGCUGAUCAAUUCUACAACGAGAAGGUAGUCGAGGUUAAUGGAUUGGGGAUCAAAAUCGGGAUAGAUGUAUGGAACGAUGGGAUUGAGAUCACGGGUCCUGUAAUAGGAAGCGCGAAGAUUAGAGAAGCAAUUGAGAGACUAAUGAGCAGUAAUGAUUCUGAGGAAAUUAUGAACAUUAGGGAUAGAGUUAUGGCAAUGAGCAAAAUGGCUCAGGAUGCAACAAAUGAAGGUGGAUCUUCAUGGAACAAUCUCACUGCUCUCAUUCAACAUAUCAAGAAUUAUAAUCUUAAUUAAUACACCUUUUAUGUUGUUACUUUUAAUUUGUUGGAAGAAAUGAAUAAGUCAUUGUAGCUUUGUGUUUUCUUUUUUUAAUAAUAAUUAAGAUGGAGGAAUGGAUGGAUCUUAACUUGAUCAAGCGAAAUAUUAGUCAUUCACACUAUGAUAUAUUACUAAAUAUCACAGUUUUUCAUGUAUUAUUCUAAUA